AUGGAAAGUAAUACUGGUGUCAUAGUAGCCAAGUGGAAUGAUAAAAGAGAUGUCUUGUUCCUUAGUACUAAGCAUGAGCCUAUGAUGGUAGAUGUUAGUACAAAAUAUGGUCUUAAAACUUCAAAACCAAUUGCUGUAGUCGAUUACAAUGAAGCUAAAUCAUAUAUAGAUGUGAGUGACCAAAAGGCAUCAUAUGCUAGUACUAUAAGAAAGGGAAUUAAAUGGUACAGAAAAGUUUGUAUAGAAUUGUUAACAAAUACUGCAAUUGUAAAUGCUCAUUUAUUAUUCCAAAAAGUAACUAAGAAUAAAAUAAAUAUAUCUGAAUUUAGAGAGAAAAUUGUGUUGUCACUUAUAGAAGAAAAAAUUCAGGACAAAAAUGAGCCCAUUGAUAAUUUACCACAUAAAUUACAGCAAAAUGAAAAAAGAGGAAGGUGUUCCAGAUGCUAUUUAAUGUUUUCUAAACAAUUUGGAAGGUCUUAUGCAGUAAAACAUGCUAAACAAGUACAACAAAAAUGUCCUGGGUGUGAAAAUAAAUUUUUUUGUAAUGAUUGUUUUUUUAGUUUACACAAAACCUCUCUUAAGUCAAAUCGUUAA